AUGAACACCGUGGCAAAUCUCUUGCGUUUCCUUCUCGUGGCAGCCAUCGGCACCGUAGCCUGUGUCGUGCUGCUACAGCAGCGUUCUCCGUUCCCGUGCGGCGGGCACGUCGACGUGCCGCCGGCGGCCACCACCUCGCGCAAUAACGGAACUCGAGCUGACGACGACCCCACCACGGAGGACGACGGCGACAAGCUUCCGGAGGUUCUGAGGAGAGCGGCCAUGGAGGACAAGACCAUCAUAAUGACCUUCACGAACGAGGCGUGGACGGCGCCGGGCUCGCUCACGGACCUCUUCCUGGAGAGCUUCCGCACGGGCGUGCGGACGGCGCCCCUGCUCAGGCACCUGGUCAUCGUCGCCAUCGACGCCAAGGCCUUCGAGCGGUGCCAGCACGUGCACCCGCUCUGCUACGCGCUCCCCGUCAACCAGAGUGCCGCCGCCGUCAACUACGCCUCGGAGCAGCGCUACAUGGCCAGGGACUACCUGGACAUGUUGUGGCGCCGGAACCGGUUCCAGGCCCGCGUCCUGGAGCUCGGCUACAGUUUCGUCUUCACGGACGUGGACAUCGUCUGGUUCCGGAACCCGCUGCUGCGCAUCCCGGUGGCCGCGGACAUGGCCUUCUCCUGCGACUGGUACUCCGGCAGCAACCCCUACGACCUCAACAAGCGGGCCAACGGCGGGUUCCUGUACGUGAGGGCGAGCGCCAGGACGGCCGCGCUCUACGGGGGGUGGUACGAGUCGAGGGCGGCGUACCCGGGGCAGCACGAGCAGUUCGUGUUCGACAAGGUGAAGCGCGAGCUGUCGGCGCGGCACGGCGUGACGGUGCAGUUCGUGGACACGGCCUACCUGGGCACGUUCUGCGACCGCGGGAAGAGGAAGGACUGGCACAAGCUGUGCACGUUCCACGCCAAUUGCGUCAUCGGGCUCAAGGCCAAGCUGGAGAAGCUCCGCGGCGUCCUCGACGAGUGGCAGCGGUUCAAGGCCAAGGCAGGCCCCAACGGCACCGCUCUUACAGACUGA